CAAUGCUCCCCGUGGAGAUCACACUUGUCCUCAAGUUGUGUUUGCUGGAAACCAGGUAGCAGGGGUUGUGACAAAGCUAGGACAAGGGGAAGAACGAACUCCGCGACGAACCCACAACAGCCGGCGGCCGAUGAGUGCAAGGAGGAGGAAAUCAUCGAGGGGCUUCCUGAGCCGUUCAGUAGGGACGAGCUCCUUGACGUCCUGGUCCAGGUCCGCCUCCGAGAUCCCACCCUGCUCUCCCGCCUCGCCACCUCGGCGGCCUCCGACGCCGCGCAUCGCCGCCUCUACAUCCACGGCCUCAGCCCCAGCGGCACCUCCGCCGCGCUAGCCGCCGCCUUCGUCCCCUUUGGGGUCCUCGAUGGGUGCCACGCCGUCGCUGACCGCGCCACCGGCCGCUGCCGCGGCUAUGGCUUCAUCAUCCUCCGCCGAUGCUCAUCCCGCCGCCGCGCCCUCGCGGACUCCUCCAAGCGCGUCGGGGGCCGCCCCAUUGCCUGCCAGUUCGCCUCGGUCGGUCCCGCCGGCCCUUCCCCCGGAGGCACGGGCCGCAAGCUCUUAGUGGACAGGGUGCCCGCCCGCACCUCGAUCGACGAGCUGAGGAGGUUCUUCUCCGAGUUCGGAGAGAUCGAGGCAGGAUCCCUCGUCGCCGACCACGCAACCGGGCAGUUCUGUGGGUACGCAACCUUCCUCUACAAGUCUCCCGAGGGGAUCGCCAAGGGGCUUGAGGAGCCCAGGAAGGUGUUCGACGGGUGCGAGCUCCAUUGCAGGCACGCACAGAGGCAGACCAAGAGGAAGUGUGCCACUGCCGCACCUGAAGACACCGGUUGCCAGAUAAAUGUCACUCGUGCAGCGGCCUUCCAAUUUCCGUUCCGAAGGAGAUACUCUCAACUUCCUCCACGCAGUCACUUCUAGGAUCAAAUUCGCCAGUGGCAAAGGAGAUUAGCUCAGCCAAGGCUCUAAUCUGUCAGAAUGUCACAACAGGGGCUGGCAUCUUGGGUGCAUUUCCUCUGGUCGCCGUUCUGCCCUCUUCACCGGGUUGGAAAACGUCGGAUAAACAUUCCAGAGUAGCCGUUUGCCUUCCGUAGGCCCGUUCACAUUGACAUGCCGGGAUGGUUAGGGGUCAACUAGACAAGGCUUUAACACAAUGUUACCUUGGACAAUAGGUAAACAUUUUGCUAGCCAAGCGACGGAAUAAGGACGCAGUGAAUUUAGCAGACAUCAAUUGCACAUUUGCAUAGAACAGGGUAGAUGGAUGAAGAGACAAGAUUGAGGAAUCCACAGCAAAUUCAGGGUUAAUAUUAUUGUUUGCUGCCAGAAGAGGAAGCAACCUGUAAUUUCUGCUAAUUGAAUUUGCUUCUCCUCGAUGUAAUUACGGUUUACUUUAUGGUCAACAAGUACAAAUUUUCUUA